AUGAGCAUGGGUGAUGAAAGUCCACCACGCAAUUUGGGGAGAUUGUCACCCGAGUCUGGUAUCGUUUUAGAAGGGACAGAAUGUACUGUAAAUUCAGAAAAAAGCCUGGAGGAGCUAGCGGCCGUGGAAUCUGCGAGAAGCAAUGGACUUCCACCUAAUCAGCUGUACAACUUUAAUUUGGCAAAUCCAGAAGAAGUCAUGACGAUGUUAGAAACUGUCAAUUUAACAGAUGAGGAUACGGACGUUCUGUUACAGGAAGCGUAUAAUAUCAAUAAAAAACUUAAAGAAGUUUUACGACGGCGAGACGAGGGACAGGUACUAGAUGCAGCAGAUCAAGCAAUACUAAAUCAAAUGGUUGUGGUUGUACCGGGAUCGUCCAAAGAGGGUCGCUCGUCAACAGCAAACGAGGACCAAUCAGCGUCUGGCGGCCUGGAUAUACCGAAGAAGGAUCCUUUACCCCCAAUAAAAACCGACACUGAACAAAAUCCACGAGUGGCGUCUGCAAUAUAUAGUGCGAAAUUAAACAGAAGAGCCCCACUGGCGGCCUCGUCUGGUCGUUCCGGCGUGAGAAAGCAGGGCGGGGCUAUGUCGGGGGAUGUUGUGUGGAAAAGGGAUAGGGUUGGGUCUGGGGUAUCCCGGACCAGUGUUCAGAAACCAGGAUCUUCUAUAAAGAAAGGUACAUCGGGAGUCCGGCGAGAAAAAGCCCCAGUGCCGAUAGAGAAGAGACCCCCUUGGGACGAUCGUUACUGACUGUCGUUAAAAAAAUAAAUAAAUUGUUUUUAGUUGUAAAUACUGUUUUCAGAGUUAAAUUAUUCCGUAAUUAUUGAAUGUUUAUAAUGAAUAUUAUAUGUAAAUGAAUGCAGAUGAAUGAUAUAUAAAAACUUUCUUCAUCCAUACAUGUAAAUAUACUCAUUUGGGUAUUAAUUAUUUUGGAUGAUAUUUGUUACUUUGUCACCAUGAUCAUCGAAUAAAUCAAUGAGAUUCCAAACCAAGGUAUAUAUAUAUAUUGAUGUUCGAUGUAAAUUUCUCCAAGAGAUAUCGACAUAGCAUUAUUGUAACUCAGUGAAAUUGUGUAUAAUGAAAUAAGUUAUAAUAAAAGAUAAAUCAUUA